AUGGCCAGCUCAUCUUUCCAGCCCUCGUCGUCGUCGUCGUCCGCGAAGCCGCUACCGUACGACCUGUUCGCAGGCGUGCACUACUAUAUCAACGACGACAUCGACGAGGUCACGCAACAAGAUAUCCGCACACUUUUGUGGCAAGGUAGUGGAUGCGAGUAUGAUGCCCGUGCAAUGACAAGUGGCAGCCGGCCAGAUGCAGACUCGACCAGCGCCCGCUUCAACCUCGAUACGGUUACACACGUCCUCGCCAACAGCAUCGACUUUCCUGAGUACCAGCAUUGUAUCGAGCCAACUCUGCUCGAACAAGGUCCAGCGGCCUCCCAGCGGCCCCUCGUUGUCACACCGCAAUGGGUACGUCGCAGCGCACAGCUCGCCAUCCGCCUCAAAGAAGACCGCUUCUCCUGCCGCAGCGACAUGAUCUUCUCGGGGCUCUGCGUCGCCGCCUCCAAAUCCGAGCUCUCGAAAGCCGACCGCGAGCUCAUCAGCAGCAUCGUUGCAGCCUACGGCGGUCUCUGGCGCGAAGACCACUUUUUCGACGUCAACGUGUUUCUCACCACCAACACCUCGUCCACAAAGCUCCAGAAGAUCAUCAACGCGCCAGGCAAGCAGACCAUCUGCGUAGCUCCGCAGUGGAUCAGCGACUCGUGGCGUCUGCAAAAGCUGCUGCCCUUGGACUCGUAUCAAUUCUUGCCUGGACAAACGACGCCGCCGCCGUGCUUCGCAGGGAGGACGGCAAGUGGAUCGCCGUUGAGCUCGCCAAGGAAAGACCGCGUCGCGAUGAGUCUGGUGGGCGAAAACAGUCGGUCCAUGUCGAGUUCCAAGGCAGGUGAGGAGCGCGAGAAGAGCGUCUUUAGGGGGAAAAGCGUCUUGCUCGCUCGCGACGUGUGUCGAGCCAGCGAGCAGCAGCUCCGAUCGUUGGAGCACUUUGUCCGGCUCUCCGGUGGCACACUGCGUCGCGCACCCAACGAGCUCAACGGCAUCGCCCAAGCGGUACGAAACUCUGACUUUGUCGUAUGCCGGUACCGCGAGGUGCAGGAGUUCCGCGAAGCCAUCCGACAGGGCAAGCAGGUGGGCAACCUCACCUGGCUCAUCUGGGUCGUCUCGAACGACGUGCUGAGCGACCCACGAGAAGAACCUCUCCACUUUCCCGUGCCCCGCCAAGGCAUCGCCGAGUUCAAGGAUGCAUCAAUCACCAUCUCGGGCUACCGCGGCACCACACGCCAAUACCUGACCAAGAUGAUCAAGCUCAUGGGCGCCACCUUUUCGGGCGCACUCAGCUCCAAGACGAGCCUCUGCGUCGCCGCCAACCUCGUCAGCGAAAAGACGACCAAGGCAAAGGAGUGGGACGUCCCUAUCGUCAAUCACAAGUACAUUGUCGACUCGUUCUUGGCUUGGGCGCCCGUCGAAAGGGCCAGACUCAAGUACAUCGACUUCCCCGAGGAUGUGGACUACAACACGGACGUUGGCGACACGAGGGUCACGGACGAGAGCCUCGGGCCGUGGAUUGACGAUGCGAUUCAGAAUGACGAGCCGGAGGACUUGCCUACGAGCGACCCUGUGACACCGGCGGUACCGUAUACCGCCGUAGAAGAGUCGGCGGCCGAAUCUGCGCCGUCUGUCGAUGCACGCGAGGUGUCAGAAAACCUCCAAGCACCUCAGGAUGUUCCCGAGCCCGAGGCGGCACACCCAGGCUCGAGCGACACGGCAGACACGACUGGCACAUCGCCUCCCGCCACUCCGUCGCUGCAACACCACGGAAUGCCUCCGCUCUACGACGGCUCGACGACGAUCGACACCUCCUCCGAGAUGCCCAGCUCGCCAGGUCGCUCCGAAGAUCUACCAGCCAACAUCCUGCCCAGUCCGCUUGCCCACCGCGGCACCAAACGCAGCCGUAUGUCGAUCCUCCAAGAUAGCGUCCGCCAGCCCACCACGGACUACCUGGAAGCGCGCGCGGUCGAGCACGAGCUCGCCUCCCACAAGACCGUGACCAAACGAUCCCGACGAUCCGUCACGCCGAGCACCACUGUUCCGUCCUCGGACGACGCGCGCAGCAACGACGCCCCUCUCCGCAUCGCCACAAGCAACUACAAGCUCAAGAAGCCCGAAGAGACCAAGCUCAAGGCGCUCGGCAUCGAGAUCGUGGACGACAUCGAGAUGGCGGAUGUCCUCGUGACGCCCAAGGUGUCGCGUUCGCCCAAGAUGCUGUACGCCAUCGCGUCGGGUAGCGUUGCGAUCGUCUCGCCCGACUGGCUGCAGGCGUGCCUCAAGAGGAAGGAGUGCGUUUCUCCCCGCUCAGAGUCCGGAUCGUCGGUCUACGACCUGGUCGAUAAGGAGGGUGAGAAAACCUAUGGGAUUGUGCUCGCCGACGUGAUGCGCCGCCGUGCGAGCGAGUUCACACACGGCAUCUACCACGGACAUCGCUUCUGGCUGGGUCGAGGCGUGGACGAGAACGGGUCGUUCUCAACGCUCAUCGAGGCGGCAGGCGGACAGGUGCUGCCGGUUCCGUUUGACGAGGACAAGCUGCUCUCCGAGCCCGAGACGUACCACCUCAUUGUCGGAGAGGACCAUACGAUUGAGUGGCGCGAUUUGGUCGGCAUGCCUACCGUCAAGGGCGAGCCGCUCAGGCUGUACAAGAAGCAGCUCAUCACGGAUUGCAUCUUUGAACAGCAGCCGCGCUGGGAUCGGCACCUGGUGGAUGCGGCGAGCGGCACGCCGGUCAAGAAGGGUCGAGGCGCGGGGGGCAAGCGCGCUGGAGGUCGUUGA